CUUCGUUAACGUAAUGUUUCCGUGUUUUAUUCAGAUUUAUCCCGUGUUUAUUCGUUUUCGUUACUUUCUACGUAUCCUGAAAGCCAUUAGGCAUCAAAGUUAUAUAUUUUCAACCGUCAUAUUCACAAAUUAUGUCGAUCUUUAACAGACUUCGCUCCUCUUCCGUGUUCCUGUAGUACCAAUAAAUCCACAACAAACAAUGUAACUGGUUACACUGCCAGGGGUCUGAAAACGAUAUUUUCAUGAGCAAACCGAUACCAUGAAGAGGUCUAAACCAUCAUUACUAUAGCUACCACCACCAUCACCACCACUCUGUUGGGGGUGUAUCGUCAGGGGGUUGCACGCAGGUGGGGAUUCGCGAUAGUGGGGUCGGUUGUCUAGGGGCGGGAUAGAGGCUCGACCAAGGCGGACAGAGACGGAGGCAAGCUGAGAGAGAGCGUAGCCCCACGGAGUACCGCCACCCGUGUGUGUCGCACUAAAAUGUGACUCUGGCCAACAGCAUCGGGAGCCGUGUGUGAGCGCGAGCGCGAGAGCGAGAGAGAGUCGUGUGUGCCGGAAUUUUCGUUAGUUUAGAAAGCGGCAGCUACGUUUUUCUCACUUAAACAGCCGACCAGCGAGCUGACACCAAAUAACACCAACCAAGCAAGAACAAAAAGCUGAGGAAGAACAGAAAAAGAGGGCAAAGACAAGAAGAGAAAAAAGGCCCAAUAAGGAAGGGAGGAAAUCCGGCUGGACGACCGUCGUUGGUGAACCAAACAUAUCAUAAAAUAUCAUUUUCUCGUAGCUGUGGAUCACUUAGUUGGUCUGAAAUAGCUAGAAUAGACGAAGCUGGACUGAAUGGUGAAGAAGAAGAAGAGCCAGCGUACCUAGUGCAAGGAUAGGAGAGACUGAUGGGUCAUAUCGUGCGAGUCUGAUCAAAUCUAGACCGAUAGGCUUGUAGAUAGAUAGAUAGAUAGGUAUAUAUGUGCAUUUAGAAACGGAGAGAGUGUAGCUGGUUUCGUCCUCCGUUGUACCAUCGUUAUCCUCGUCUGUUCGCGUUCCCCUGCUACGUGUGGCAGCACAACUGGCGUGUUACACGUCCAGGAUCACUCAGCUAGUUCCGAUGACCGUUUUGGAUUAGUGUACCAAUUCGUACCACUCCACCGUGAACUGUGAUUCCUUGUGGCGUGGACGCAGAGGAGGGUGACCGCGACGACGGGGUAGACGAGACGAGGAAAAAUGAAGCUCGAAUUGAUGAACCGAGAAAAGGGCCUGGAGCUCUUCGGGAAAUUUAUACGAACGAAGAAUGUAGACAGUCUUCAGGGUGACCAGAGGAAAACUGGACCGGAGCCACUGCAUCCGACCGAUUCCAAGCAGAAAUUACAGAAGUGCCUGACGACUCUGGACCUGACGUCCUUGGGGGUUGGCUCCUGCGUCGGGACAGGGAUGUACCUAGUCGCGGGGAUGGUGGCGCGCAGCGUCGCCGGGCCAGGCGUCGUCAUCUCCUUCAUAAUCGCGGCCAUUGCUUCCAUCUUUUCCGGAGCAUGUUACGCCGAGUUUGGAGUACGAGUGCCUCACACAACUGGCAGCGCUUACAUGUACAGUUACGUGACCGUAGGCGAAUUAAUAGCAUUCAUUAUUGGAUGGAACAUGAUACUGGAGUACCUUAUAGGUACGAGCGCGUGUGCCUGCGCUCUUAGCGCCUGCCUGGAUGCCCUUACGAAUGGAGCCGUUUCCGGAGCGAUAGCCAACAGCGUGGGAACCAUUUUUGGUCGACCGCCCGAUUUCCUCGCAUUCGUCAUCACCCUACUGAUGAUGCUGCUAAUGGCCGCAGGCGUGAAGAAAUCAUUGGUGUUCAAUAACGUGUUAAACGCCAUCAAUCUCGCCGUUUGGGUGUUCAUUAUGACGGCGGGGAUGUACUACGUGGAUACCGAUAACUGGAACGAGCACGACGGCUUCUUUCCGUAUGACUGGAGUGGUGUGUUCACCGGUGCAGCGACGUGUUUUUACGCGUUCAUCGGCUUCGAUAUUAUAGCGACCACCGGCGAAGAGGCGACAAACCCGAAGAGGAGCAUCCCCCUCGCUAUAGUCGCCUCGUUAAUCAUAAUACUCACCGCUUAUGUCACCACCAGCAUGAUGCUGACGCUGGUUGUGCCAUACGAUGAGGUAGAUCAAGAUUCAGCAUUGGUGGAGAUGUUUGGUCAAGUUGGAGCAUACAAGUGCAAAUAUAUCGUGGCAGUUGGUGCGUUGGCUGGAUUGACAGUCUCCAUGUUUGGUAGCAUGUUUCCCAUGCCUAGGAUAGUCUAUGCUAUGGCCCAGGAUGGCCUUAUAUUCAGGACUCUGAGCCAAGUGUGGCCAGCAACAGGUACUCCAGUCAUAGCAACACUGACUUCCGGCGUGUGUGCAGCCUUGGCUGCGCUGUUUAUUCAAUUAGAGGUGUUGGUAGAGAUGAUGUCCAUCGGUACUCUACUAGCGUACACUUUGGUGUCUACCUGUGUACUGAUUCUCCGUUAUCAACCUCACUCAACGAACCUUGUAGAGUUGCUACCACAGAGUUUAAGAACACCUUGCCGAUCGCCAACUAAAGAAAAUCAGGGAAAUGGUCAAGUGACUUAUGGAAAGGAGCUGAGACCCGAUCAGCUAACUACUGCGCUGAAUUCUGUCCAGGCUACACAGUCAGAUCUUGCUGCAGCAAACAGUGGCCAACGUAUCAUGGUAAGAAGAGUGAGGAGAUGCAAUAGUUCGUCGCCAGACUCGGAUGACACUUAUGGUGCAGAGGAGGAUGAAGUUGGUUUGGGUAAAGAUGACCAAUAUUUAGUCAGUGAUAGAACUGAGAAUAAAUUCUACGGUAGUGUGCAUGCAGCUGCAGCUGCCUCCGGUUGUGGCAGUACGCAUCAGUAUCCAGGAAAUACGCCAAUAAUUGGACCACCUUUGAAUUACCUCCAACGUCGGUUGCAGGCAGCGCAAUAUCUCUGUCCUGCCAUCUUCCCCUGGGUUGACAGAGGCCCAGCGACGGAGGCGUCUGGUCGCUACGUCAUGAAAUUAGUCGGCGUACUCUUUUUGCUGAUCCUCAUCUUCGAUUUGAUUAUAGUUUGCGGCAUGGGAAAUAUGGGAACGUUCACAACAAUAAUGAUGUUCGUGUUCCUCUUUGCCAUAAUUGGAGUGUUGCUUGCCAUAAGUAGAAAGUCACAAAACAGAAGUAGCGUAAUGUUUAUGACACCGGGACUCCCAUUCGUACCGGCGAUUGCUAUCACUGUGAACAUAUACCUCAUCUUCAAGCUGAGCAUCUUGACACUCGUCAGAUUCACUGUCUGGAUGAUUCUCGGUUUCAUCAUGUACUUCUACUACGGUAUCAAGCACAGCAGCCUGGAGGAGGGAAAUACUUCGGAGAAUCUAGAGGAAAGUGUGUCAGCCGGGAACAUCGAAUUGACAGUAACAGAUACACAAAAGCAACAACCGCAACAACAACAAACGCAUCCGUCGUACACGACGACUGAUCGCAGCAUCUAUGAGGGCCAGCAACUAGAUGCAUUUGGGCAGCCUGUGUUCGGCAGCACGAACUUCGGUGGGACACCAAGUCAAAGGCCAGAAACUGCUGGCCAAUCAUCGCUGUUCAUCGACCACGAAAGCUUCCCCACCUGGGACGAUUGAGCGGCUACCAGCGCCGAUAUAAAUAUAUAUAUUUGAUGAUAUGAAGAUAAAUUAUUAUGCGAGCCUGACCGGCGUCGAGCGUUCAUCGGCGUAAAAAAACGACCCUUUCGGAGCUCGCGGUGUAUAAUGGCCUUUGAGAGGUUAUGAGGCGAGGGACUAUGGAGUUGGUACUCGCGAGGCUAUUCAUUUAUAAUUUUUAGUUAGCUAAUACACAAGUUAAAUAUUUGCUAAGUGCCAUUAUGUUUGAAAAUAUUUCAUUGGUUUUGAGGUUUGGAUGGUUCACAGGAGGAAGUUGGAUAAUUGUUUUUCAAGAAGGUUCUUUUAAGUUCAUGUUAUGAUUAAUGGAGGACUGUUUGAGAUUAUGAUGGUUGACAGGAAUAGGUCGGAUAGUUGCUUUUCAAGGAGAUAUUUUAACGUUAGGUUAUGUUAUAAUUAUUGGAGAAUUGUUUGAGAUUAGAAUGAUUGACAUAAAUAAGUUGGAUAGCUGCUUCUGAAAGGUCUUUUAAGGUUAGAUUAUGUUAUACUUAAUGGUGAACUGAUGCAUCUUACUAUUGUAAAAUUAGAGUUUCAUUGAUUGUAAGGUUACAGUGGUAAACAGAUAAAUUAGAUAAUUGGUUUUCAAAGAGAUUUCUUUAAUGUUAUAAUUUAUAUUAUGAUUAAUGCAGAAUAUGCAUUAAUGUUUGAUCUCGAAUUGCUUUAAAACAAUUUUGUUGAUUUUAAAAUUAGGAUGCCCGACACAAAUAAGUUGGAAAUUUAUUAUUUAAGAUGGCUGAAAGAGAAUUGAUGCAUAUGCUUCUUCGAGUAGAGUGUAAUGAUUUAAUCAUUUGUUUCUUCUAUGAAGAAUUAACGAGGAAAUUUCACGAACUGGUUUUUUUU